UGGCCUUAUUAUCGGGGGUCUUAUCCCUGAAGCGGGAUAGGUGUGGCUGGUUCUUGCCUGCAGCAUUGCCAGUGAAGAUCGGGUCACAAAAAAAAACCCCGAAGUUCUCGCGGGCAAAUCAUGUGCAAAGGAGAACUCUCCGCAGGGAGUGAGAAGGGCUAAGCGAUGGCUUCCGAGUGGGUCCCAAUGAAGCCCUGCGAGAAAGGCAGCCACAAGUCAGAGGACUUGAAACUAGGCGUGUCAGGAGUUGUCUUUGCCCUCCUCCACUUCAGGAUGCUUUGGGGUUUCGGGGCAGCUUCCGUCCCCCAUCCCUGGGAUGCUGCUGGGGCUCCUCUUGGUGUGGCUGCUGAGCUGUUCGAUCAGCUUGUGCCACGGCUAUUUUGACAACCCACUUUAUCCAGAGAUGUCCAAUGGGACGUUGCAUCUGUAUUUCAUGCCCGCCAACUCAGAGAAGUCGCUGGGAGAGCUGGAAAACAAGUUUCGGCAGGGCCAGGAGCAUGAGAGCCACGAGAAGAGCCACCUCAAUGACGACUUCCUGGGAAUGCUGGUGCAUGCAUGGGCCUUACUCAAGGAAACAUACAAAGUGCAAGCUGUUUGUGCUCACCGUCCGGAGCCACGGAACCCACCUCAGCCGCCUCAAGACAGAGUAUCUCAAGGGCUGAGCGGGAGCAGGUGCCUCACUGGGCUUUGAGCGACCCUCUCCCCCCAAGGGGCCAGCCACGCCAGCGGGACUCUUGCCAGCCAUGCU